CGGUGUUUGUGGUCAGGGGGCAGCGGGCGCCAUGCCGGAGAGAGACAAUGAACCGUUCUCCAACCCUCUGGCCCCAGAUGGCCACGAUGUGGACGACUCCCACUCCUUCCACCAAUCCAAGCUGACCAAUGAAGACUUCAGGAAGCUUCUCAUGACCCCGCGGGCUGCACCAACAUCUGCACCACCCUCCAAAUCUCGCCACCAUGAGAUGCCCCGGGAGUACAACGAAGAUGAAGAUCCAGCAGCUCGCAGGAGGAAGAAAAAAAGUUACUACGCCAAGCUGCGGCAGCAGGAGAUCGAACGGGAGAGGGAACUGGCUGAGAAGUACCGGGAUCGAGCCAAGGAGAGGAGAGAUGGGGUCAACAAGGAUUAUGAGGAGACAGAGCUCAUCAGCACCACUGCCAACUACAGAGCUGUGGGACCCACUGCGGAGGCGGACAAAUCUGCUGCAGAGAAGAGGAGGCAGUUGAUCCAGGAGUCCAAGUUCUUGGGUGGUGACAUGGAGCACACUCACUUGGUGAAGGGGCUAGACUUUGCUCUGCUGCAGAAGGUACGGGCUGAGAUUGCCAGCAAGGAGAAGGAAGAGGAGGAAAUGAUGGAGAAGCCCCAGAAGGAAACCAAGAAAGAUGAAGAUCCAGAGAACAAAAUUGAAUUUAAGACCCGUCUGGGUCGCAACAUUUACCGCAUCCUCUUCAAGAGCAAAGCCUACGAGAGGAACGAGCUGUUCCUGCCAGGCAGGAUGGCCUACGUGGUGGAUCUGGAUGAUGAGUAUGCUGAUACUGACAUCCCAACCACCCUGAUCAGGAGCAAGGCUGACUGCCCCACCAUGGAGGCACAGACCACGCUGACCACCAAUGACAUUGUCAUCAGCAAACUGACACAGAUCCUCUCCUACCUCAGGCAGGGGACCCGAAACAAGAAGCUGAAGAAGAAAGACAAAGGGAAGCUGGAUGAGAAGAAGCCCCCUGAAGCUGAUAUGAACAUCUUUGAGGACAUUGGGGAUUAUGUGCCCUCCACUGCCAAGGUGCCCCGGGAGAAGGAGCGGGAGAGGUACCGGGAGAGAGAGCGGGACCGGGACCGGGAGAGGGAGAGGGAGGAGGAGAAGAAGAGACACAGCUACUUUGAGAAGCCCAAGGCUGAUGAUGAGCCCACAGACAUUGAGAAAGGACCUGGCUCAGCCAAGGAGCUCAUCAAAUCCAUCAACGAGAAGUUUGCUGGAGCUACAGGCUGGGAAGGAGCAGAGUCUCUGAAGAAACCAGAAGACAAGAAGCAGCUGGGGGACUUCUUUGGCAUGUCCAACAGCUAUGCUGAGUGCUACCCUGCCACGAUGGAUGAUAUGGCUGUGGACAGUGAUGAAGAGGUGGACUACAGCAAAAUGGAUCAGGGUAACAAGAAAGGACCUCUGGGCCGCUGGGACUUUGAUACCCAGGAGGAGUACAGUGAAUACAUGAACAACAAGGAGGCUCUGCCCAAGGCAGCAUUCCAGUACGGGAUCAAGAUGUCAGAGGGAAGGAAAACCCGUCGCUUCAAGGAGACCAAUGACAAAGCAGAGCUGGACAGGCAGUGGAAGAAGAUCAGUGCAAUCAUUGAGAAGAGGAAGAAGUUGGAGGCUGAUGGGGUUGAGGUGAAACGACCCAAAUACUGAUGUCUCCAGCCUCUUCUCCUCCAGCUCCAGGAGCCUGCCAGCUGCUGCUGCCCCUGAGCUUCUUGCUGUGCUCUCCUUGCCCCCCAUGGCCCCCAGCCCUGUGUCCUGGGGCUGCUCUGAGGCUCUCCCUCCCCUCUGUACAGCCCCUGGUGUUGUGUAAAUGUGGUGGCAAUAAUAAAUGUGCAGUCGAUUUGAA